GUUCAUUUUGAAGCACCCCUUCAGAAGGAUCCAGGCUUUUGAACAAGUGGUCUAGUGAAGAUUUAGAGAAUAAGAUUGACUUUCAUCAGAGUUGAUACAAUGGAAUCUUCAAAUUGUUGUACUGCCGAAGACGGAAUUAAUGAAAACCUUGUCAGGAGUGAACAAUGGUGUAUUUGCUUUAAUUGUAUGCAUAAGGCGGAAAAAACAGUGAACGCACCUGUCGGCAGGAUUCCUGAAGCUAAGGAAAUAGGAGAGAGACCAUUCGGUCGCCUCACGGAGGAACUGACGAGGAAGCGAAACCAGGUGGCUCAAGGAAUCUGUCGACAAAGAUGUCGGUCAUAUAAAAAGGAUUUAGACUUCGCCAAAAGUAAGAUCAGGGCCAACACUGUAGACAAUCUGCUAAAUAAUUACUCUCUCCUAAAAGAGGCGGAAACAAUCGAAAACGAAAAAUUGGACAAAAAUAUCCAAGAAGUGUCCAACAAAAAUUCUCUCAGAAGAUCUGGUAUCCCUACAGUUAGUUUACGGAAAAGCGUGGAAUUUGAAAAGGAUACGACAAACAAACUCUCUCACGAUAAGGCAACAAAUAAGCCUCGUCUUAAACGAAGUGCAACAUUUGUGCUGGAAGAUUUGCCAUCCCAGUCAAACUCAAACAAACGUACAAAUUCAAAAGAACGAAAAACUUUCAGAGUAUCUAGGAGUAAGAUAAACUUAUUCGAAGAAAAGGAUGAAGAAUCCGAGAAAAAGAAACAGGAAGUCAAACCAAAGUCACCCGCUGGUUCCCCGCGCCAUGUUAUACCAAGGCUGCUUGGGAGUGCUCCGAAUCUAGAUCCUUUUAAAAAUAAAAGCCUGGAAACCAACUCACGAAAUCAGCCGCAAACAGAAAGAAGCAGUACAAGUAUUAAAACAUCAAAGACAAAUAAACAAACAGACAGUGAAGAAACGCGUGUCAAUAAGAGUGCUUCUGAAGCAGAAGCGGAAUAUUUUCUUAAGCGGAUUAAUAGACUGUUUACAGCUUCGGAAGCAGACAAAGAAGUUGAUACUAGUAAGCAAAUGGAACCUCGCCCCCAAUCUUGUCUACUUCCACCACAGAGUGUGGCUUCCUCACGCACGCGCAGUUUCCUCCAAAACACUGUCUCUAAAUAUAAGUGGGUCUUUAUUCCUGGUGUAACUUACUACGACCUGGACAAGCAGCUUCUGUCAAAGCAACGUGAGAGAGAAAAAGUGAAAGUCCGGCAAUUUGAGCUCGAUACUAUCGAAGCCGAUUUACGCCGAAAGGAAACGAACAUCAGGAGACUAGUGCGCAGAAGCACCAACAUCAGGGAAGAAAUGAGUCAAGUGACCACCGGACGACCACCAAGAUGAAAUUUUAAU